AUGCCUCUUGGCCCCGGCUUUUUCUCCUUGCUAUCCUUCUCUGCACUCCGGCUUCCAUUUGCGCACGAACUCUGUAUGCAUGUCACGCUCUCAGACCCUGUGUUCAUUCCAGAGCGCGAGCGUCGUCGCAAUCUGCCGCGCGUGGUGCUUGGGCGGGGGCGGCGCAUUGGGGAGCUGCUGGUCCCGCUCGCUCGGAUGAACAUCCCGCUCGAGGGCGGGGGCGCGAUGUCCGCAAUGGGCGUGACGGACGUCGAGGCCGAUGGAGUGCCCUUGCCUGUGAGGGUGCCCGUGCUCGUUCGCGUGGAGUCGGCACCCUUGCCCAUGGUCGCGCGCACGAGCCGUGCACCAGGAAGCGCACCACCGGGCUCAUCCGCCGCGCCACACUCGCUCGAGGUCAAGACGGAGACGAUACGCCCGAGCUGCAUGCUCGCGGACCUCGACGCCUCGGACCCGUACACGCUCGAGAAUGAGGCCUGA